AUGGAGACCGUUUCAACAAAUGAGGACACCGGCAAGGGGGCGAUGUGGGAGCUGGAAAAGAGCCUUGAUCAGCCCAUGGACACAGAGGCCGGGAGACCGAGGAAUAUGUACAGAGAAAAGACCUACCCAACAGUUUUGAUGCUACAACUAGCUUUCCAAUGCCUUGGUGUGGUGUUUGGAGAUUUAGGCACAUCACCUCUCUAUGUUUUCUACAACAUCUUUCCUGAGAAGAUAGAAGACACAGAGCAAAUUAUUUCUAGCUUGCUCCCUCCACCUCCCUAA